UGCUGCAAGGGGGUGUCGCGUGGUUGGGGGUUUUCAACAGGAAUGUGACUUAUAUCGGUUAUAUCCAAUGCCUCUUUGGAAAGCGUUAUUGUGCUCAUGGGUUAAGGGCUUGAGUGAUGCGUCCUCAGUCCUGCAUCAUGUCAGGGAGAUGAAACCGCCUAAUGCAUAAGGCCUGCAGCCCAGCCAUGAGAACUUAAACAUUAAUCUGCCUUUGCUCGUCAUACGUCAACCCCGGCAGCAAAUUUCCAGCUGGAUAAGCUGUAACAAAGGCUGCUUUAUUGGAGAGAGCUAACAUCAACAUCAUGGCAGCACAGUGGACAACAGAUACAGUGACCCAGCACACCCAGGAGAUGCUGCGUCAGCUUGGUCCUCUGCUGGCAUCCGUUGGUGCGGAUCGCAGUGCUGGAGAACUCCUUGUGUAUCUGGAAGAGCUCGACCUGAUUUCAGAGGGCUGCGGUGUGCUCACAGCCCUGCAGGCAGUGGCUGAGGCACAACUGGGUGGCCUAAUCAAGCGUGCUGUGGAGGUGCUGCCCAUGUCUGGCACCACUAGCCACUCUGUUUGUGAACAAUUGGGUGGACAGGCUCUGGCUAAGCUGACUGCAACACCAGAUGUACAACAGUUACGCUCACGGCUGACCCAGGUAACAGAGGCAGCAGCACAGGACAUGCUGGAGAAUGCUGAUGAGCUGCGUGACGUGCUGUCAGAACCAGCAGCUGUGAGAGAGGUGCCCGUGGAAGCGCUCAACCGCUCAGUCGGCUCUUCACUGUAUGGCAGCCUCAACCCAUCUCUGGUGUUCUCCCCGGCUGAUGUGGACGGGUUGGGAGCGGCGCUGGGGCCCGAGCAGGACGAGCAGACGCGCGCAGAGUCACUGGCACUGCUGCUGACGGCGCUGGCUAGCGGCUCGGUCAGCGCCGAUGCGUGGGCGCAGCUGCGGCCGGCCGUGCAGGACGCGCUGUUGGACACCUCCGACGCCGUCGCCAGCCGCGCCCAUCAGGUGCACUCCCGUCUGCUGGUGUGCGAGUCACACUUCUUCAUCAAGGAGGCAUACCUCAGCUUGCUGGAGGCCGUGUGCACCAUCUACGUGGACCGGCGCCGACGGGGCGGCGCCUCCCAGCGCGGCCUGAACGUGGGCCUGACGGAGACCAAGCGUGCCCUCCAGAUCCUCGCCAUGGUCAACCAGUACCAGCGGUACGUGCCGCGCGCCUGGCUCCGCUUCCCAGAGCGGCACGUGGAGGAGAUGGUGGAGAACACGGUGGACCUGCUGACGCUGGGUGUGCCGCGCGGCGGCGUCACGACCCUCUCCGACCUGUACACGCUGCCGGUGGCGCUGCUCUGCCUGCUGGACCCGGCGGCCGCCUGGUUCCGGUACUGGAUGCACGCCGAAUGGAGCCGCCAGAAGAUGGCGGCCGUGCUGCGCAAGUCGCCGCAGCUUUUGCAGCUGAUGCUGUCCACCGUGCUACUGCACGGCCGGUCGACGGCAGCGGCUCGCGAGCGGCCACCGCCUCGCUCUCGGCCUGGCGGCCUGCUGGUGGCGGAGGCCGUGUCCGAGGCGUGCUAUUCACACGCUGUGCACGUGUUGGUGUGCGUGGCGCAGUACCACUCGUGCCGCGGCCUGUUCCCGAUCGCGGCGAGGCCGGACAGUGCUGGCACCUCGCUGACGGAGCUGCUGCAGCUGCUAGGCGUGCGGUGA